AAAGUACUAUGUAGUAAUAAAGUUAAUUGUUUGACGGUUAAAACAAUGGUGAGUAACGUUAACACUGGCAAAGGCAAGAUGAUUCAGACGUAUGGAUUGGUGUAUGCUUCAGGAAGGAGUUAAACCGUUCAUUAUGGUCUUGUCUUCCCCCAACAACCGUUUCCUUCUCUUUUAUUCAUGACACACCACACUCUCUCUCACAUCUUCCAUCUCCUCCAUCUUUCUCACACUUUUCUCCCACAUCACAAUCACAUCAUUACGUUGCAUUAAUACAAUGGACCAAACAACCGCCGCUGCCAACGAGGUUGUCCGCGAGUUCCCCGGCCUCCUCCGCGUCUACAAAGACGGCCGCGUCGAGCGCCUCCUCGGCACCGAAACCACCCCUCCCGGCACCGACCCCGGCACCGCCGUCCAAUCCAAAGACGUCACCAUCAACGCCGAAACCGGUGCCGGCGUCCGCCUCUACCUCCCUCCCACCGCCGCCGCCCAAAAACUCCCCCUUUUGAUCUACAUCCACGGCGGCGCCUUCUGCGUCUGCACCCCCUACAACCCCGCCUACCACCACCACCUCAACGCCCUCUCCGCCGCCGCCAACGUCGUCGUCGCCUCCGUCCACUACCGCCUCGCCCCAGAGCACCCCCUCCCCGCCGCAUACGACGACGCCUGGGAGGUCCUCCAGUGGGUCGCCGCCUCCGACCCGGAGCCCUGGCUCAACUGCCACGCCGAUCUAAGCACCGUCUUCCUCGCCGGCGACAGCGCUGGAGCCAACAUCGCCCACAACACCGCCAUGCGAGGCACCACACAAGGCUUCGGAAAUUUAACCCUCAAAGGCAUGGUCUUGCUUCACCCAUACUUCGGGAACGAUAAAAAAGACGAGCUUCUGGAGUAUCUAUACCCUACCUACGGAGGGUUCGAAGACUUUAAGAUACAUUCUCAGCAGGAUCCGAAACUGUCGGAACUGGGAUGUCCGAGGAUGCUGAUCUUCGUGUCGGAGAAGGAUUUUCUGCGUGACAGAGGGUGCAGUUAUUACGAGGCGCUGAGGAAGAGUGGGUGGAUGGGGAAGGUGGAGAUGGUGGAGUUCGAGGGCGAGGACCACGUGUUUCAUUUGCUCGACCCCACUAAGGAUAAAUCUGUGGACCUCGUUAAGCAGUUCGUCGCUUUCAUCAAGCAAAUCCCCGCGCACUGUUGAUUAAUCCAUUUAAUUUUAUUAUAGUUAGAUUAAGAAGCCAUAAUAUAUGAUCAACGUUGUUGUUGUUGUUAUGCUUUCGUUAUUACUUCGGUUUUGUGAGUACUUUGUACUAUCUAGCUUUGGAAGGAUAUGGAGUUACGUGAAUUUGUGUAGGAACUAUAGGAGUGAUUUUGUCUGUGACUCUCUGUGUUCUUCUUCAUCUGAUCUGAUACACUAAGUCAGACUUUUAUUUCCAAAUUUCAAUCAUCUUGUUCUGUGUUCUCGUCAGAAUUCAAGUGCAUAGAGAAAUGGGCAAAUGGCGUCGCUCAAUCUGUCCAGGUUCUGUUUGUCGUUUCAUAUUGAAUAAUUGCUUCUGUCAGUUCUGUGUUUCAAAAUUUCAAAUUCUUAUAUA